AUGAGCGUGCUGAUCCGCAACGCGCAGCGCGCCGCGCCUCUGCGCCGGGUGCCGCUCCGUCGCGCCGUCUGCGCGCUGCGGGCCGCGCUGGGCGCCGCGCGCUUCGACGUGGCGCUGAUCUGCGCCGGCGACGGGCUGAUGAGGCGGCUGAACAGCGUGUACCGCCGGCGCCCCGAGCCCACCGACGUGCUGUCCUUCCCCUACCAUCGGGUGGCGCCGGGCGAGCUCCCGCGGCCGCGCAGCCGCGACGAGUACAACCUCGGGGACAUCUUCCUGGGGGUGGAGCUCAUCCAGCGGCGGUGCCGCCGGGACGGGGAGGACUUCGAGAGCGUGCUGACGGUGAGCGCCGCGGCGCGGAGGAUCUGGGCCGGCGGCCUGGGAGCCUUAGCGUUCGUUUUUCUUCUUGGAUUUUAG